AUGCUAUACCGUAUCCUCCCAAGACAGGCCUGGCGCAUCACCACCAGCCGCAUUGUCAGACCUGAAAGGGUCGCACCCUCCAUUCUCAGACCGAUCCGAGCAUUUUCUGCAAAGUCCAUCCUAAGAGCCGAUACACCAAUGGCCGCUCCGACCGACACGGCUGCAGAGGAGGUAAUGAACACAACUGGCAUAACACCAGACUCCCUCACCCAGACCCUGAAAUCCUCUUCGCCGCUGAACCCUACCCACGUUGAGAUUCAGGAUAUUUCUGGUGGUUGCGGUGCAAGUUUCGCUGCCAUCAUUGUGUCGGAUGAAUUCAAGGGAAAGUCAGCCCUGCAGAGACAUAGACUGGUCAAUGGAAUAUUGAAAGAGGAGAUCAAGGCUGUGCAUGCCUGGACGCCGAAGUGCUUGACGGUAGAGCAGUGGGACAAGGAGAAGAGUAAUCACUGA